AUGAACUCUUCUUUUUGUUCCUUUGCUUUGUGUAUUACACUCAUAAUCUUCUUCUUUCCUGUUCAUGGACGAUGGCAUAACCAUGCAAAGAACCACAAACAUUCUCACCAUCAUCACCAUUUCACCAUUUCACAACCUCCUUCUCCUUCUCCUUCCUCUUCCCCCGAACCCGCGAAUCCUCCCGACGACAACGACGGAGGGUCAUCUUUCAACGCCACCGGCUUUUUCGACGUACGUCAUUAUGGCGCCAUUGGAGAUGGCACUACAGACGACACGGAGGCCUUCAAGAUAGCAUGGGACACAGCCUGUCAAAGCGACAACGACGACUAUACAGUUAUUCUUGUUCCAUAUGGCUUCUCGUUUAUGAUCCAAUCGACAAUUUUCACCGGGCCGUGCAAACAUGGCGUCGUGUUUCAAGUUGAUGGCACUCUCAUAGCUCCAGACGGGCCCGACGCUUGGCCGAGGAGUUACAGUGCUCAUCAAUGGCUGGUUUUUUAUCGAGUUAAUAACAUGUCGCUUCGAGGAAACGGUGUUAUUGACGGGCGAGGACAAAAAUGGUGGGAUCUUCCCUGCAAACCCCACAGAGGAGGAAAGGGAAGAACAAAGGCAGGCCCUUGUGAUAGUCCAAUUGCCAUAAGAUUCUUCAUGAGCACAAACUUGACCGUUGAAGGGCUUAGAAUCAAAGACAGCCCACAAUUCCACUUCAGGUUCGACAAUUGUAGAGAUGUUUAUAUUGAUUCUCUUAACAUAACAGCUCCUGCUUUGAGUCCAAACACCGAUGGAAUUCACAUUGAGAAUACAAAUGGGGUUCAGAUACUCAAUUCAGUUGUUGCCAAUGGUGAUGAUUGUGUUUCAAUUGGUUCGGGUUCUUAUAAUGUUGUUAUACGAAAUAUUACGUGUGGACCAGGUCAUGGAAUUAGCAUUGGCAGCCUAGGCAAUCACAACUCCCGAGCAUGUGUGUCAAACAUAACAGUUCGAGACUCAAUAAUCAAGGUCUCAGACAACGGUGUUCGGAUCAAGACAUGGCAAGGUGGGUUUGGAUCCGUAAGAGGAGUAAGUUUCAAUAACAUUCAUAUGGACAACGUUAGGAACCCGAUCAUCAUAGACCAAUUCUAUUGCCUCAACAAAGGGUGUCUCAAUCAAACCUCAGCCGUGGUUGUAUCAGACAUAAGCUAUAUUGACAUCAAAGGAAGUUAUGAUAUUAGAAACCCACCAAUGCACUUUGGGUGCAGUGAUUCUAUGCCUUGUGUGAACCUAACACUUGCAAAUAUCGAGCUUUUUCCUUCAGAAGGUGACAUCUUUAUGGACCCAUUUUGUUGGAAUGCGUAUGGGGACUUGCAAACCCUAACAAUCCCUCCACUUGGGUGCUUGCUUGAAGCCUCCUCGAGGUCUAUCUUGGAGACUCAAAGGGAUUAUUGCUAA